CGGGAGUGGCGGCCUCAGGGCGAUGCGAAAUUCCGAAUAAAAACUCGACCCAUGUGCCAACUGGUGCCUGUAUAUAUUGGAGGCGAGGCACGGGGGCAUCACAGUCAGCUGCUGCAUCCACUCCACACUCACCAUGAACGCCAAGAUCCUCAUCCUUUUGGGCCUGGCUGCCCUUGCCGCAGCCGACAGGGGCGGGUUCAGGCGUUAUCACGCACCCAGGAGGUCCUCUGAGUCCUUCGAGUCCUUCGAGUCCUCCGAGGCCAAGUACAACUUCCAGUGGGCCGUGGACCACGACCCCUCCAGCAACGAGUACGGCCACCAGGAGACCCGCGACGGUGACAACACCAAGGGCUCCUAUUACGUGCAGCUCCCCGACGGUCGCCUGCAGCAGGUGUCUUACUUCGUUGACGGCGGCUCUGGCUACAUCGCUGACGUCAAGUACACCGGCUCCGCCUCCUUCGAGUCCGACGAGUCCAACGAGUCCUUCCGUUACUACGGAUCCAAAUAAACCCAGAUCUCAUUUUGACCUCGCCUUGACCCGACACUACUGUUCGUCUAAGGACGAUUUCUCUACAAGUCAUCUUCAUCAUUCUAUUUAUUUAUAUGCAUCAACAUGUACCAAUCAGUAAUAAAUGGCUACGCAUAAC